AAACGGCCAACAAGAAAACCCUAAUUCGUCUUCUGUUGCUUUCUCUGGAAGAGCCGCUUCUUCAAUUCUGAGACCAGACAGGGAGAUCCUCUCAAGCUAACAACAAUGACAAAGAGGACGAAGAAGGCCGGAAUUGUUGGAAAAUAUGGUACCCGUUAUGGUGCCAGUUUGAGGAAGCAAAUUAAGAAGAUGGAGGUCAGUCAACACAGCAAGUACUUCUGCGAGUUUUGUGGGAAGUAUGCAGUGAAGAGAAAGGCCGUGGGAAUCUGGGGCUGCAAGGAUUGUGGGAAAGUCAAAGCAGGCGGUGCUUAUACUUUGAACACUGCUAGCGCUGUGACAGUGAGGAGUACUAUUAGGAGGCUGAGGGAGCAAACUGAGAGCUGAGCCAACAGACCAACAUUGGCAUAUCGUACUUUCAUAGGAUGUUUUGUAUGUUUUAGCUACAGACUAGCUGAGCUCUUUUUUGACAAUUACGUGCUAUGUGCUUUAUUCUCAAAUUUUUAUCCGACUCUUUUAUUGGAAGUUAUUUAAGUUCAAAUGUUUGAGUUG